AUGUCACGAAAACCAGCCGAAGUGGCCUCCAAGGAGCGCAACGAAUACAUUCCAUCUUUCAUUUCGAAGAAACCUUUUUAUGUCGAUGAUGAAACCGGAAACGACUACCUUGAGCAUCAACGUCUACAGAAGGCCACUCCUGAUCAAUCAAAGUGGUACGACCGUGGCAAGCGUGCCGGCCCUGCGGCCACCAAAUAUCGAAAGGGCGCAUGUGAAAACUGCGGCGCGAUGACACAUAAAACAAAAGAAUGCUUAAGUCGACCGCGCAAACAGGGUGCUCGUUGGACAGGGAAAAACAUCCAAGCAGACGAGCUCGUCCAAGAUGUCAACAUGGGCUGGGAUGCGAAAAGAGAUCGGUGGAACGGAUACGACACCAGCGAGUACCGCCAAGUUGUGGAUGAGUUUGAAGAGCUUGAGGCGAUGAAAAAGUCCGCGAAGGAAGGAGCCGAUCUCCAAAAACUUUUAGACCGGGAAGAUGGGGACGGGGACGCCGAUGAAGAUAUCCGAUACGCCGAAGAAUCUGACAUGGGUCGACAACAAAGCACUGCUACGCGAAAUCUACGUAUCCGAGAAGAUACUGCUAAAUAUCUUUUGAAUUUGGAUUUGGAUUCCGCCAAGUACGACCCGAAGACUCGUCGAAUGGUGGAUAUGGGUGCGCAAGAAGAUCAAGCCUCAGCACUGGUUGCGGAGGAGAACUUUAUCCGUGCUUCUGGUGAUGCAGCUGAAUUUGAGAAGGCUCAGAAGUAUGCAUGGGAGUCUCAAGAGAAGGGCAUGGCCCCGAUCCACCUCCAAGCCAACCCCACUUCCGGUGAAGUCCUUCGAAAGAAAGAGCAGGGGGACUCGGAUGCCAAGCGACAGGCUUCGCGCAAGGCGCUUUUGGACAAAUAUGGCGGUGGCGAGCACUCACAGCCUUCUGCAUUACGCGAUACCAUGGUUGUUGAGAACGAACGUUUUGUUGAGUACGAUGAAUCCGGUGCUAUUAAGGGUGCGCCCAAGAAAGCUACAAAGUCGAAAUACCCGGAGGAUAUUAUGGUCAACAAUCACACCUCUGUUUUUGGCAGUUGGUGGUAUGAAUUCAAAUGGGGGUAUGCAUGCUGUUGCUCUACUGUCAAGAACAGUUAUUGUACUGGAGAGGACGGCAAGAAGGCCUUUGAAGCGGAGGGCAACAUGAUGAUGCUACCUGAUGGGGACGAUGAGAAGGAUGAAUCUACUGAAGUUCCAGCUCAUUCUCGCGAGCCUGAGCCGAGCCGCGAACGUGAAGAGCAGGGAGCUGCUAAUGGAAAAAAGCGGACUUUAGAAGAAUUGAAGGCCGGCAUCACAGAGGAGGAAAUGGAUCACUACAAGCGCAGCCGAUUGACUGCCCAAGAUCCUAUGGCGAACUACGUUGACACCGAGUGA